GAUCCGGAACUCAGAGAGCUGGCAGAGCUAGGCCAAGGCUGGCGGUCAGCCGGGCUGUCACGUGAUGGUACAUUUGUGACAGCUGUGUGUGUGACAGCAGUAGCUUUCGGGUGUCGCGGGACGGGCUAUGCGGCCGUGCGAUGACCGCUACCUUGGCCUGCGAUGUGUCGGAGAAGAAGAAAGCCGACAAGCGUGCCCACUACGCCCCCUUGGCCGGAGGCCAGAACCCGGCGGGACGAAAGAGGAGCCCAUGCCGCCGAUUCCCAUCUCGGUAUGUGCUCAGCCUGCUGCUGUUCUGGGGCUUCUUCCUUCUCUAUGCCCUGCGUGUCAACCUAAGCGUGGCCAUCGUGGCCAUGGUCAAUGGCACAGCCGUGCUCGCUGCGGGAACCACGGCCCGCGGUGCUGACUGUCCCGCACCCGAUGGCUCCCUGUACAAUGCCACUGCCGACCCAGAAACGGCUGGCGGCGAGUUUAACUGGGACGAACGCACGCAAGGUGCAGUCCUGGGUUCGUUCUUCUACGGCUACGUGCUGACCCAAGUGCCUGGUGGUCGGCUGGCCGACCGCUUCGGGGCCAAGAGGUUACUUGGCGCAGGCAUCCUGGUGACCUCGCUGCUCACCCUCCUCACUCCGUUUGCUGCACACAUCAGUCCGCUGGCACUCAUGGUGCUGCGCUUUGGUGAGGGCAUCUCCGAGGGUGUGGUGUUUCCCUCGUCCCUGGCAUUGCUGUCGCACUGGUCGCCAGUGCACGAGCGGAGUCGGCUGGUGAGCCUGAACACGGUGGGCACCGCGGUCGGGACCGUGGUCACCCUGCCGCUCACCGCCCAGCUCUGUGCGAGCACCUGGGGCUGGCCUGGCAUCUUCUACCUCCUUGGUGUGCUUGGUUGUGCUUGGUUUGUGCUGUGGAUGUGGCUGGUGUACGAGUGGCCAGAGAUGCACCCGGGCAUCUCCAACCGGGAGCUUCAACACAUCCAACGCUACCGGGGUAGUUCCUGCGCUGCUCAACAGCCACAUGGUGUACCAUGGGGCCGCCUUUUGAGCUCACGGAGUGUUUGGGCCCUGGGCGUGACCAUGUUCUGUGGUAACUGGGGCUUUUACCUGUUACUCAUCGAUCUACCAAACUACCUCCGUGGAGUCUUGCACCGGCCAAUUGGAAGCAAUGGCUAUGAGAAUGCAGCCGUGCACAUAGCUGGAGCUGUGAGCAUGUUGUUGUGCGCCCCCAUAGCCGACCUGCUUCGCAAGCGCCAGAUGCUUUCCGUCACCGUCAUCCGCAAGGUGUUCCAGACAUUGGGCUUGCUGGGGCCGGCGCUGUGCCUUUCACUGGUUCCCCUGGUCGGGUGCGAUGCCAGGGCAGCACUGGUGUGCCUGGUUUCUGGCAUGGCCCUGUACGGAUUCACCGUCGGAGGACAGAGCCCACUGACCCUGGACAUUGCGCCAGACUUUGCAGGUACCGUGAUGGGCAUUGUGAACUGCAUGGGCAACCUUUCGGGCAUGCUGGCGCCCCUGGUGACCGGCUACAUCAUCGAGCACGACGAGAGCCUGGCGCAGUGGCGGAAGUUGUUCCUGCUGGCAUCGGCUAUCUACACUUUUGGUGCAGUGAGCUUCGUACUGUUUGGCUCGGCCAAAGUGGAAGAGUGGGGGGUGGCACCCACCAAGAAGAACACCCUGAUGAGCUUCCCACACCCGGAGUCAGACUCGGAAGAAGACCCCGAAGACUUCCAUGCCGUGGCUGCCGAGAUGCACCUAAUGUGAUGCACCCUGUGAUGCACAUUGUCCCAUGUGAAUACUUCUCCCAUGUGGUCGCGAACCGGUGAAGUCCCGCAACGCACUCACACAGUCAACGUGCGAAGGCUCCCUGUGAUGCACCUACAAGUCAUUGCGCAUCGUCACCUGUGUGGCAAUAUGGAUUAUCCACCUGUGACAAGGUUUUUAAGAACACUGCACAAAUCGUGCUCAGUUUUACCAGAUAACUACAGGUAGCCAGCUAGUUAGGCGUGUCAUAUUGCAAUAUUCUGCAUGCAGGAGAUUGUCAAGUGUUGUUCAAGGGAGAGCAUGAAAGGCUUCUUUGUCAGGCUCUUAGCAUGACGGCACGCCUACCAUUCGGCUGGCUAGCAAGGCAACAGUGAUGGACUUGGUUCCCCUUUUGUGGUGCACGCCGCUGUGACCAUGGCACAUCUGGUCAGUCAAGGUGCUUUAUGUACAACCCACCCACCUUCCUUUCUCUCUCUCUCUCUCUCUCUCUCUCUCUCUCUCUCUCUCUCUCUCUCUCUCUCUCUCUCUCUCUCUCUCUCUCUCUCUCUCUCUCUCAAUUUUUUUGUAGUGAUCCAUCACAAUUUGCAUGUUUAACUAGGUGAAACAAACAUUUAGGAAAAGAAAACUGCCCAUUCACAGCAUUAUAAGUAGGUAUAGCAGAUGUGGGGAGCACACGCACCCAUCUUCCCCGUGUCGUUGCGUCGAGUGCACCUCUCCCAUAGACAUGGGAGAGCUGCACUCGACGCGACGACGCGGGGAAGAUGGGCGCGUGUGCUCCCCACACAGGAUGCCGUCUGACAAUCCUAAGGAACCAUAGUUUAUUUAUUUUAUUUUAUUUACAGAAUACUGCAGACCGGAUCGUUCCAAGCAGGAGAGGGUACAUACAUUUGUUAGUUGGUAUUAGGCAAGUGGGAAGACGGGAGUUUUUAUAAAAUACCACAUUGCCUUGGCACACAAUUGGGCUCCAAGAAAUGUGAAGUGUUUGCAGCACCUUUUCCCACUUCGGGCUAUUAGACCACACAACGUCAGUGUACUGUGUUCAUUGUACUAAUCCUUUGCGCAGAAAACAAAAAAAAAGAACCUUGAAGCACAAAGAUGGUUGAACCUGCAACAAAAUGGCACCACAAGUUGAUUGGUGAAACACCUUCUUGUAUGGGUUAGCACAAACACAGAACAAAGAGUUCAGAAAAGCAGGUUCCUGGUCAAAUUUGUACUUAGAUAAGGACAGACUGCCUGGAUUUGUUAUUUUCUGGCGCUAAAGCCCUACAGCGAUCUUUUUGAGAUGACAGCUGUCAGGUGGUGCAUGGUGCUUUUACUUCCAUUGUAUGUCCAUUGUUUGUUGCAUGCUGCUUCACUGAUGUUCAUUGAUCCUUGUUUCAUGUGGCUUAGAAGAGUUACGUGCGCAAACUGUAGCGCAAACAUAGCACAAGGCUUGGCAUGUUCAGAAAGUGUCUUUCAUGGAUUUAAGAGCGGCCAAGGUUAGUUUGUGCUUAACUGUUUCUAUAGUGGUGACUCUGUGGUGAAAGUUUAGUCUGACAAAGUGAUUUUAUAAGCUGUACAUUUUUAAAUUUAAGAUGUUAAAAUGCUGUAUACUCACUAGGUUGUUUUUUUUAAACAAAUAUACAUUCCUCUUGUUGUCUGUUAUUAAAUUACUCCAUGUUGCUUGUCCACAGAAGCAUUGCUGAUGGUCUGUUCCUGUUAUCCAUGCGGCCAUCAUCACCACGGUUGUUCAGUGUGAUCAUGUUCUUACUUUUUUUUUUGCAUGGAGCUGUUUAAACACUUGUGUGAUGCGAGCAAACAUCAUUGCGAAUUGCCAGAGAUUAUUUUCAGAACUUUCUGUGGCGAUUUGCAUGACCUAGGUGCUUGUGUGGCUAGAGUGUUCUCACUCGUCACAAGGUUGCUGACUCUAUUACUUGCCUCCUGUAUGGCUGUAUUUUACUAGAAGUGAUUUGAGAAAGCCUGUUUCUUCUGUGGUUUAGCGCAUGUUUAAGAGAUGCUAAAGAGAAUUAAAAGUUGCACAGAUACCACCGAAAAUGAUUGUCAAAGUAAGAGGA